AGCCCUGAGUUGGCCAUGCUUACUAAUUUCAAUAGGUCUACUCUUGAGUAGGGCAAGUGUUCUAUGCAACCCUUGGUAUAUGAUUGCAAUUUGCAUGCACGUUUCAGAUUAGUUUUUUAUAUGCUGCUUAAUCCCAAAAUAGGCUUCUAAAGCAGUUUACAAGUAUAAAAGCACCCACCAAGUCUUAAAAGUAUAAGCAGCCACAAUUAAAAUUUGCAAUAAAACAUGGCCGUUUGAACAGCGCAGCAAGUAAAACAAUAGACUUAGGUCAAGGGAACCAAGGGAAGGCCUAUAUAAAAUAAGGGAAUCUUCAAAAGCUGGCAGGGUACCAAUACAGAUGUAGCCUCUCAUCUUUCAGCAGUGAGUACGUUCCCUAACACCAAGUGCCAUCAGUGCAAAAAUCCUGACUCUGCAUCACCACUAGCCAAUAAUCAUCAGUACGUCAUGCUGAGAGUAAAUGGGUUCCAGGCGUUUAUCUUAAUACCCUCACCAGGCAAAAGUGGGGAACUUGAGUCUUGUAGAAGUCUUUGUACAAACACAGAGCUGCAAGCUGAUUUAAUGUGCCUUGGAGUGUUUAGGGGCUUGUCCAAGCUGAAGUAGGAUCUCUGUGAGACCCCUCAAGUUGUGCAUGUUUCCUCUUUAAAUAUAAAAAUCAAAAUUUAGAGGCACUUCCCUGCCUGUAAUUUGGCAGCCUUGAACCACUCUGUAGGGGUUACAAUGUCUGCAAAUUUCAUCCACUUCUGUAAAAAGGGAGGGUGGAAGUUUGAGCUGCUUUUGACUCCCCAUAGUAGUGAAGGGGAAGUAACAGAGAUUGUUUUUCAUGAAGCAGAUUCUGAGCUGGACCUGGAGUCAAACUGGGCAAUGCACUCUGGGAUGAGACAGACUGUUCCUGAAGUAGGAUCCAAACUGAAUCUUGAUCCCACUGCACACGCCUAGUAAAUAGCUUUAAUGGGGGAGCCUGAGCAGCUUUGAGACUGUAGGGCAGGAGAGUCCAGUUUUCCCUCUCCCUGCCACAGUCCUAACAACAACAACAACAACUUCUGCGUUGUUGCUUUGGGUUUCACAGGAAGCUCCCGUUGCACCAAUGAGCUUCACAUAUCCAUGCAGUGCAGAUUUUCACUUAGUUGAUUUAAAACAGGGUUGGGGGACCUUUUUCAGCUGAGCCCCACAUUCCUUUCUGGGCAACAUGCAAGGAGUGUGUGGGGCAGGGGCAUAAAGUGGGAGGGGCAAUGUAUUUAAAAUUUCACCUUUUGUAUAGGAGGCUAAGUUCUACACAAAUUCAUAUUGCGUCUUCUCUGUCCUCCAUCCAGACAAGCAAAAGGCCCCCAGGAGAAUGCCAAACAGGGCUGGUGAUAAAGGGUGUGACUCAUGAGCAGAGGGGUGGCCUGAGGAGAGCAAUGAGGGGCAGCUGAAGAGGCCUGUGGGGCUGCACUUGGCCCCAGAGCCCCACUCUUGCUGUAAAACAUACCAUAUUUUUCGCUCCAUAAGAUGCACUUUUUUCCUCCUAAAAAGUAAGGGGAAAUGUCUGUGUGUCUUAUAGAGCGAGUGUGUGGUCGAUCGCUGGCUCCAUUUCUGCCCCCGCCCCUUUGCCCAGGCCUCCAUUGUUGAAUGUUCUGCAGAAGGAGGCUGUUUGUUUCCCCAGCGACAUGUGACUGGCUGGUUAGAUUAUCUGUCUGGAAACUGUAGACAUGGCUCCCUUUCCUUUCCAAAAGAAGCUGCAGAACUGUGAGUUGAACUCCAUAAAUACAGGAUGUUUUCCUUUUGCAAAGUAAGCUCAACAACUUUGAGCUGAUCCCCUCCCCAAACUGGGGCUUUUCCCCAUUGCAAAAGAAGCUGCACAACUGUGAGCUGAUCCUCAAAAAAACGGGGCUUUUCCCCUUUGGAGAAGAAGCUGCACAACUGUGAGCUGAUCCCCCCCAAAACGGGGCUUUCCUCUAAAAAAAACUAGGUGCGUCUUAUGGUCAGGUGUGUCUUAUAGAGCGAACUUACAGUGCACCUGGAGAGGGGCCUAGCCAGGAUUUAUGUUGGGGGCCAGAACCUCAGUUAAGUAUUUUUAUUGAUUUUUAUUUAUUUGCGGGGGUGGGUGACCCCCCCCCCAACUACACCCAUGUAUCUUGAGCCCUGCUCACUACAGCAAACGGGGGGGGGGCCCUCUGAACGAAAGGAAAUUACCUGCAGGGAACGUGGCAGUGACAGUGUUUCCUCCUUCACCAGUUGCUUCAAAGGGAUGCAGUGAAUAUCCGGGUUGCCACCUGGCAGCCCCAAUUACACACCUGAUAACGUUUUCCACGCACGUCUUUUGAAGGCCUAGGUAAUAUACGCCCUGCUGUUCCAAAUCUUGUUGUGUUCUCUCAGGUGUGCCUUAAGCAGCGUUCUGAAACCGCUCAGGCUUCUGCUUCAGAUUACAUUGAUCUGCAUCCUGUAGCCAGCUAUUAGCUUAGCCUUUACUCAUUGCUCUUUCGUAAUGGGGAAAGGGGGGCUUAGGUGCAGUGACUGCUGCUUAUCUGUGUUUUUGACAAGCACACAGAGCAGCCCUGGUGUUCUCAGUUACGCCCAACCUCUGUGGUUCACCUGUUACUCUUGGCAUGUACAUCUUAGGCACUUUUUUUUGUUCUGCUAAUCCUUAUACAAUGCUCAACUCAUUCUCAGAGUCUGAAUCCUAAUUAGCCAACAUGACGUCAUCCAUGCACACAAGGGAUGUGUCGGCAGGCUCGGGAGAACUAAGGGCUUAGGAUAGUGUGCUCUAAAGGCUACCCUCUUCACCUAGCCUGGUUCGGAAUUAGGGUACAUCUGCACAAUACGUUUAAAGCACUAUGAUCCCACUAACAGCCACAGCUUCCUCCAAAGAAUCCUGGGAACUAUAGUUUGAGAUGAUAGAUAGAUAGAUAGAUGAUAGAUAGAUAGAUCACUUCACUACGAAUCUCAAGUGGUAUAUAACGAUACAAUAUGAGAAAAUGAAAAUCAGUUUAAACUGUAAAAUCAAACGUCAAUUAAAAUGCCUCUCAGUAUUACACCGUAUCAAAGCACAGGCAUUACUAGUCACACUGAAAACAAUGGGAAGCCAAUGGGAUCUUUGUCUUAUUUACCAGUAAUUGCCUCUAAAGCAGGGACGUACUUCCAACCAAUGUGCCUGAACUUGGGAAAGGUCUGGUGCAUUGAAGGAAGAGUAGAAAGCUUAGCGGUAUCAUGCCGUUUGGAUGAAAAAUGUAGGAGUUAAAGGCACUAGAAGACUGUCUGGGUCUCCCUUUGAAAGCAAUGGGAAUCUAAUGUGGAUAACAAAAUGAAUGAACUAGUGUCGAAUUGCUUGUGGAGAUGAAUGAAAAGCAAAUGAACCAGCCAUUGAAAGGGAUGAGUAAAUGUGGGGUGGGAAUCUUGCACACUGCUAGGACCACACCGUAAAAGGAUUAUCUGUCCACUUUGAGGUCACAUUUAGUAUAGCUUUCCCUUAUAUGUCACGUCAUUAUUUCUCUUUCAGCAAUAAGAACAACAAUUUCUCUUUCAGCAAUAAGAACCACAAGUUUAAGUCAUAUUGGAAAGUUAACGCAUGCAGGAAACAAGUCGAUUGAAAAAGGAGACAAGGCCCAAUGAAAGUCAACAAGUUCCAACUUCUCGGCUGAAUCUCUUAAGCACCAUGAGUGCAUCUGGACGGCUACUUUUCCCACCGACCGAAGGAGAAAAUGCGGACGGACAGCAACAACGAGAACUCCGUCCCCAAGGACUUGGAAAAUAUAGACAAUAGCAACUUUGCUCCCAGGACACAGAAGCAGAAGCACCAGGUGGAGCUGGUGAAAAAGCCCCUGAGCAAGCAGAAGGAGCGUUUGCGGAGGAAGCUGGAGCAGGAGGAGAAGGUGAAGGAGAACUCGCUCCUGGGGAAAAGCUCCAACGAGGUGCUGCAGUAUGGCCACCCGGUCCCAAAGACCAGCAUCAACGGCAGCCAGCUGAAAGACAUCCACAGAUCCCAGGCCAGGCAGCACCAUCUGAAGAAGAAUGGGAACAGCUCUCCUGAACUCGCCUACGAGCAGCCCCCCAAAUGCGAAAUCUCGGGCAAGGAGGCCAUCUCCGCGCUCUCCCGAGCCAAAUCCAAGCAGUGUCGGCAGGAGGUUGCCGAGGUGUACUGUCAGCACAAGCAGGGGAAGCUGAUGCCGGAGCAAGUGACUCGUUUCUGCCCUCUGGAAGGCAAAGCCAACCACAAUGUACAGUGGGAUGAGGACUCCGUAGAAUACAUGCCAGCAAACCCAGUCAGGAUCGCAUUUGUCUUGGUUGUUCAUGGCAGAGCUUCCCGGCAGCUGACGCGCAUGUUUAAGGCUAUUUACCAUAAAGACCAUUUUUAUUACAUUCAUGUUGACAAGCGCUCCAAUUACCUGUACCGGCAAGUGCUCCAGUUUGCGAACCAGUAUCCAAAUGUGAAAGUUACUUCUUGGCGCAUGGCAACGAUAUGGGGAGGAGCGAGCCUUUUGUCGACCUACUUGCAGAGUAUGCAGGAUUUAAUGGAAAUGAAGGACUGGCAGUGGGAUUUCUUCAUUAACCUAAGUGCUGCGGACUACCCAAUCAGGACAAACGACCAGCUCGUUGCCUUCCUUUCCAGAUACCGAGACAUGAACUUCUUGAAGUCCCAUGGAAGAGACAAUGCAAGGUUUAUUAGAAAGCAAGGGCUGGACAGGCUUUUCCUGGAAUGUGAUACCCACAUGUGGCGCCUCGGUGACCGGAAGAUUCCGGAAGGAAUAACGGUGGAUGGCGGGUCAGACUGGUUCCUGCUGAACAGGAAGUUUGUGGAAUAUAUCACCUUUUCUAAUGAUGACCUGGUGACGAAGAUGAAGAGGUUCUACUCCUACACAUUACUCCCAGCUGAGUCUUUCUUCCACACCGUCCUGGAAAACAGCCCUCAUUGCAACACAAUGGUGGACAACAACCUGCACAUCACAAACUGGAACCGCAAGCUGGGUUGCAAAUGCCAGUACAAGAAUAUUGUGGACUGGUGCGGCUGCUCCCCAAAUGAUUUCAAGCCGGCCGAUUUCCACCGAUUUCAGCAAACCACAAGACCGACCUUCUUUGCGCGCAAAUUUGAAGCGGUGGUGAAUCAAGAAAUAAUUGGCCAGCUGGAUUACUACUUGUAUGGCAACUACCCAUCGGGCACUCCAGGCCUGAGAUCGUACUGGGAGAAUGUCUAUGACGAACCAGAUGGGAUCCAUAGCAUCAGUGACGUCAUGCUGACCAUGUACCACUCAUUUGCUCGCUUGGGCCUGAGGAGAGCAGAAACAUCCUUCCACACUGAUGGUGAAAACAGCUGCCGGUACUACCCAAUGGGUCACCCAUUCUCCGUCCAACUCUACUUCCUUGCUGAUCAUUUUCAGGGUUUCCUUGUCAAGCACCAUGCUACCAAUCUGGCUGCCAGUAAGCUGGAGACCUUAGAGACAUGGGUGAUGCCCAAAAAGGUGUUUAAAACUGCAAGUCCACCCAGUGAUUUUGGAAGGCUGCAGUUCUCUGAGAUUGGAACCGACUGGGAUGCUAAGGAGAGAAUAUUCCGGAACUUUGGGGGACUCAUUGGGCCCAUGGAUGAGCCAAUCGGCAUGCAGAAGUGGGGCAAGGGCCCCAACGUCACUGUUACUGUCAUCUGGGUGGACCCCACAAACACCAUCGCCGCCACGUAUGAUAUCCUAAUAGAAUCCAGCGCAGAGUUUACUCACUACAAGCCGCCGUUGAAUUUGCCUCUCCGCCCGGGAAUCUGGACUGUUAAGAUCCUGCAUCACUGGGUCCCUGUAGCGGAAACCAAAUUCCUGGUCUCUCCUCUGACAUUUUCCAACAGGCAAAGCAUCAAGCAAGAAGAAGCCACGAGGUUGCACAGCGGACCGCCAAAAAACGCCUACAUGGAGCAGAGUUUCCAAGGCCUCAACCCGGUUCUGAAUAUCCCCAUCGACGCUGCACAGGUGGACCAAGCAAAGAAGAAUGCAGCCCUUACUGGCAGCAAGCUGGAGAACUGGGUGGACAAACUAGUGGGGGGCAUGUGGUCAGCUGUAGAUAUCUGCAGCACAGGCCCCACCUCCUGCCCGGUCAUGCAGGCCUGUAGCCAGACGUCUUGGAGUUCACUCAGCCCAGACCCAAAAUCUGAGCUGGGCCCCGUUAAACCCGACGGCCGUUUGAGGUAGCACAGGGUACGCAUCCCUUCACUGGCUUUUAAAAGGGAAUUUAACUUGGUUGCUCUUGUGACAUACGGGGGAGGAUUAUCCUCCUGCCCUCCAAAACUUGGGCUGGUUUCGAAGUGGAUUAACUGCCAGGCAUCCUUCAAGAAAACGUACAAUUUAGUUUUUGCGUAGUUCCUGGAAGUGGUACGGAGGGUCCCCAGCUAAUUUCAUCGGAGGACUGUCAUUUUAAGCUCCGGGAAGGUGUGGAGAGAAGGAAACCAGUUUUUAAAAUAUGUCUUAAGUUUUUAGCGUGGGUGCAGUAUCAAGACUAGAGAUUAUUUAAAACCUCAAUCUGAGGUGUGUUGGCUAUUUUAUCACACACACACACACACACACACACACACACACACACACACACACAGCUGAUAAAUAGAUGGGAAAUGAGUAGCAAAAUGGCAGCCGGUAGCAAAUGCUGAAAUUGCCAUCACUCCCCAUGCCGUCACUUCCCAAAGCAUUCCCACAGCAGCCUAGCAAAAGUGUUGACAUUAUCACUACGCCAAGCCAUGUUUUUCACUGGCAUGGACUUGGGGCUCCCCAUCCCCCUUUUGUUAUGUAUGGAACCAUGUAUUUAUUUAUUUAUUUCAGUCUGACACACACAACUCACAAGAGUUGAAUAUUUGUCAUAGCAGACUACAAAACGCUUGCAGAGAGCCCCAGUGGGAAGAAACCCCUUCCUCCACCCCAGCAUUUUAAAGAAGUGGUUUCAGGCAGGGGAAUAGCAGCUGUUUAGGGAAGUUUUUAAUGUUUAAUGCUGUAUUGUGUUUUUAAUAUUCGGUUGGGAGCUGCCCAGAGUGGCUGGGGAAACCCAGCCAGAUGGGUGGGAUAUAAAUAAUAAAUUAUUAUUAUUAUUAUUAUUAUAUAGUGAUAACGGGGAAAGAGUUCAACUACUCCCACCAGCCUGUGCUUAAUCCUCAAGUUACAGGGAGCUGGUGAUGGAUAAGGAGUCUCUCUGCCCGAGACCCUCAAGAGCUGCUGCCGGUCAGAGCAGUCAACCCUGGGCUGGCUUCAUGUAGGCUUGGUUUCCAGGCAGUUUCCAAUAUUCUGAUUUUAGGUGGUUACAAGAGGGAAUCCUGGGUAGGGCGCAAGGCAGGAAGAUCAGCAGUAGGUGGCGCCAGUGCAAGGCAGUGGCAACUCAUUCUAGUCUUGUCCCCAUCUUCCUCCCUGGUAAAUUUCUACUGAGGGCAAGGAGGAGGAGGAGGAAGAUGACAGCACUGUGCCCCCCACCCCACCCCCCAAGAAUGGUUGUCAGCAAGAAGGCAGGCACAUGGGAAUCAAGGCUGAGACUGGUGGGGCAAUCACACAAAUGACUCUUUAGGGCUAGUGUUAAAAGCUGCUCCUCCAUAGGAGGGAGAGCAGUGCCCCCUGGAGUGCAUUUAUGCAUUUUACCUGUGACAUUUUAGCAGGCCUUGAGCAGUCGUUUUUCCACUUUUGGGAGCUGGUAGCCUAUCAUUUGGUCCCCAGGCAGCCAAACACUGAGGAAAAGUAUAGAUUCUAUUAACAUUCAAAUGGCAUUUUAAUCCAAUUAAUUUCUAGCUAAGCUCUUUGGCAUAAGUUGUGCAAUCUACAUAUACAGGUGGGUGUGUUUGUGUAAAAAUAGCUAGUUAAUGUAUUUUUUUCUUAAAAGGUUUCUUUCUCUUCUCUUCCCCCCCCCCCAAUUUUGUGCCUGUGUAAAACUUUCAGGCCUACUCGAGUGCAACCCUGUGCGUAAGGGCACUUCCAGACUGCCAUUGUUCUGCUGUGGGAUUCAGUCACAUACUGGCAAAUUCAGGUUGUGCAAUUGUAAUUGAUGGGGAGGGUCCUGUGUGAUAAACCAGCUCCCCCUGUCCCACCCCAAACUGAACUUCCUUGAGAUAAGGAAAGUGGUGGCAAAUUGCAUUGGAAAGCGUUGGAUAACAUUUGCUUUAAGACCACGUCACCUAACCUACCCCACAAACAAAGCAGAACGAAUGACCAGGUUGGGUGGGUCAGUAAACUGGUACCCUGGAAGCAGCCUCAAUCCCAAUUAGUUUAAUGGGGCUUCCUUCUGAGUAGACCUGCACAGACUUGCACUGUUCUGUAAGCUCACGUGUUGGGAGAGCCUGAUGACAGAAGAAGCACGUCGCAAGAAUCAGUUAAAUUCCCUUUUAAAACAACUGCAAUGGUGACCAUAAAAAAGAAAAAAGAAACUUCUGAGUUUCCAGUGGCUUGCUAAUGUUUUUCCUUUCACCAUCCUUCUUUGGUUUAAAGCUACUACCGUUCGCUUUGGACUUUGAAAUUGCCGUGUCAGCUGUGCUGGCAUGAAGGCAGAGCAUUAAAUGUUUAGAGCUGGCAGCAAAGGAGGCUACAUAGGAGGGCGGUUUUAGGUAUUUAUUUGUAUUUUUAGUCAAUGACUAAUUAGUAGGUGCUGCUUGUGCAGCUUGGAGAUUAUCUUAUCUUACUAACGAAAGCUGCCUUUAUUAAGAAAAGGCCUUUUUUUAAAAAAACAAAACAAAACAAAAAGACAUCUCAUUUCUCCCCCUUCCCUUUUCCUGCCUUCUUGAUUUCCACUCGAAUAAGAAUUCUGACUACAAAAAAAGAAAAGCUAGAUGUUCCAAUUGCUGAUAAAAGAGGGGAGAGAGGAUGGAACCCAUUCCGUCAGAAAUUGUCCAGUCAAAGGUAGCAGCUGCUCGUAUCAGUGUACCCAUCCAUGUCUAUCAGAAUCCUAGAAAACCACAGUCCUAUAGGUCCACAUAGUGCUUCCAUCAUCUCUGCCAUUGUCCCUGUUAUCGAGUCCAAUAACAUCUGGAGGGCCAUGGGUUUCCCUGUCCAUGGCUCAGGUGCUUCUGUAAGAAGACCUUCUCUCCUUCAGCUGGAGAACCGUCCCAAGUCCUAGCAGAAGACCAGGAGAACAUCAUUCUCAUGCUAAAACAAGGAAAACCCAGAUUUCCAUCUUGCAAUCCAGCCUUGUGGGGCUGAUUCAUUCAUCCAUGUUCAUCACUCUCUGAGCUGCACUCAAGUGGUCUUCCUUGAAAACAACUGUACUGAGUUGAUGUGAGCCAAUGGCGUUUGAUGUUUGGCAGGCAUUUCCCAUGCUCGGGUCAUUGCUUCAGGUUGUGCUCACUGAGCGCGGAAUGAUGCAUAUGCAAAUCUGCCCAAGCUGUCCAUCCCUGUCCUUGAGCGUCUCAGGUCAAGGCAGCUUCCUAAAGCUAAGGUGCAGAUCACUCAGCAUGCAGCAAUCCCCAACAGUUGCUCCCAGUAGACUGUGACGCAUCUUGAGCUGGACUCCUUGGUUAUGUGAACUGUGGAAACAGAUCCACCUCCUGGAGCUUCUAGCACACAGGUGAAGCCCCACACCGGGAUUCCCAAAAGCUUCAUCUGUAGACUGAACGGACGGGAAAGUAACUGCUGAGUCCACCAGGUUCUGCUUGCCUGCAACAUCCGCUCAUUCUUAGCACAUCAGCACCCUGUGGAUGCAACUCUUUGCACACUGGCAGAAGAAUGAGAUCUACGGCUCAACGGGCACAUAACCAUGUGCAGGAUCUGAGCCAAAUUCUUUAGACCGUUCUGGGCGCUCCACUUUCAUGCCACCUACCCAUCAGCUCUUAUGCUACAACACCUCCAUGCAGAAUGUAACAUGUUUGAACUCAUGCAAGGAAUCUUUGUGGUGUUUCAAGAGCUUCCAGGGAGCACAAAACCCCAAGAUAUCACUGAGCAGCAUAGGGAAAGCUUAGCUCAGCUGUAGAUCCUCUGCUUUGCACGCAGAGGGUCCCAGGUUCAAUCUUUGGCAUCUCCGGGUAAAGCUGGGAGCAAAACCUCUCUGAAACCCUGGACAGCCACUGCCAGUCAGUGUAGACAAUGCUGAGCUUGAUGGACCAGUGGUCUAACUCAAUAUAAGGCAGCUUCCUAUGUUCCUUUCAUUAGGCAGCUGUAAGAGUCCUUAUGUAAUGCAAAAUAUUCUUUACUCUCCUACUUUCCCCUCUCCCGAUUCCUGAUGCUUCAGAGGCGGCCCUUUGCACUUCAUUCCGAAGCAUUGAAAAUAUAUAUAUAUGUAUUUUCCAGCUUAGUAUCACGGUAGCAGUUUAUGUCAUCUGUUUUUCUUGAAAAUUUCAAAUGCUGUUAAUCAGGCAUGGUGGGGAGAACUGGGGCCCUUCAGAUAUUGCUGGACUACAACUCCCAUCAUCCCAGACCCUGCAGGGGGGGGCCUCCAUCCUUGCAGUUUCCUCCCCCAAAACACCUGUUUUCAUUCUCUCACUUUCCUGCCCAAUUGUUUUUGCCUUGGUUACCUUAUUUUGCUACCAAAGGUACUACCUCACUAAUACUUUGAAACGUGUUUACCUAAUGAAAACAAGAAAAGAGGGUUUGGGGAAAGUGGGGGGAAAUAGCUGAAUGUACAAUCUAUGCAAAUUCUCUCUCUCUCUCUCUCUCUUUCUUUCCUUUUUUCUUUCUCUCUUAGUAAUUUAAAAUAAAAAGACAAAGAAAGAAAACUUAUAAGUAUUAGAACUUGCCAAAUAAACAGCAAGAUACUGUACAGGUGCCUCUGAUAGCAGAGCGAUCUUUUACCCGGCACAGUUCAUUGUGCCGUAUUUGUAUAUUGUAAUAAAAAAUGAGUUGUCUUUUGGUUCAGUUUGUGAUUAGAAUCACCCUUGAUGGAAGGAGGUGGUUGGCGUUGCUUUGUUUAAGAACAGCACCUUUAGAUUUGCUGGGGAAAUAUGCCAGACAAGGAAAUGGAGCGUGCUUUGUGGGGGGGGGGGUUAUGUAGGUUGCCAUUAACAAACAACGAUGGCAACAGCAAAAAAGUAUGGGGCACUGGCUCCUUUUUUAAAAAAGUUUGGGAGGCUGUUGCUUGAGAGAUUUCCCUAUGGGUAAAUCAGGUUAUCUGAACUGUUUCCAACUCAGUGUUCAUGCCAUGGCAUCCUAUGAGUUGCCCCUUUUAGAGAAGCCUUAAGUUCUUUCAUCUUUUUUUCAAUGUGGCCUUAAAACUGUGUGUGUGUGGAAAUUUUAGCUGUUGUAUAUUCUUUCUCUCUUGACUAUUGUCAACGUAUUAAAAAACAAAAGCACCUUGAGAUGACUGUGGCCUUUUUUUUCUCCCCCACCCUCCUCCUGAUGCUGUACAACCGUCACUUUUUACACACUGCGCAAGUCCAGGAAAGGACAUGUUUAUAACUGCAAGCCCCCGGGGGAGGGUGGGGAUAGGGCAACAUUAUCCUUUUGCAGAAAAGAUCUGCAUUAUCCAUUUUUGCAGAAAGAAAGGAGGCUUUGCAAAUAUCGGCAGUUUUCCGUUUGCAACAUGUUGACAGUAAGACAGUAUGAUCUCUCUCACUAAUGGGGAAUGUGCCUUGGAAGAAUUACUCCUGGGUUUUUACACCCAUAAAAAUCUGAUCUGCGCACCUGUCUGAGUGCAGAGAAAGGUGACCAAGAAGAUAAAGGGUCUGGACACCAAGCCUUGUGAGGAAUAGUUGAGGGAGUUGGGUAUGCUUAGCCUGGAAAAGUGGAGACUGAGAGGUGAUAU